AUGAAGCAUCCAACUCUUCUGAAUUUGCAGAUACUUGAUAGUUUUGGAAAUUUUGAGAUAGGUAGAGCUAAACAAUUUUCACCGUUAUCAGCUGGAAGUCAGGGCUCAUUUGCUGAUUCAACCCUUUCCUCAUCUUCAAAUCUACGUCCAUCAUAUUAUUCCAUUAUAGAGGAUAACGAUACUUAUUUGACAUCACAAAUAUUAGCAUAUGCCUCUAAUAUUCAAAAUGCAUCAAGAGAUGUUGAUGAUAAUCUUAUAAUUAAUAAUUAUACAAUAUCAGAUUCGUUGGGGAAAGGUCAAUUUGGGAAAGUCUAUAAAGCAUGUGUGUUGAAGUCUCAUGAUAGUUCUACAGGAAAGAAAUUGGUCGCAAUAAAAGUAAUAGGAAAGAAGCCGAUGAAUAAUCAACAAUAUUCAAUGAAUCAAGUACUAAGGCAACUCGCCAUUUGGAAAAGUAAGAAUUUAAUUAAUAAAGACCAUAAUUUGACACAUGAACAAGUUGUAAUGUUAGUUAAUCUGCAUAAAAUUAAAUAUGAGCUAUUUGUAUUAUCGAAAUUAAACAAGUCAGAUAACGUUAUUAAACUUAUAGAAUUUCUAGACUCUCCACAUUCAAAUAAAAUAUGGAUAGUUAACCAGUAUUGUGACUUAGGUGAAUUGCAGUGGAAGAGAAACCAUCCAGGCGACGUGUUACCACAAUGGAGACAGUUUUUAUCGAGGUCUCAAGAAUCACUUGAAAAUGAGAAUGUACUAAAUGUAUUUGCAGAAAAGUUUACAAUCGACAUGACUGCUGGGCUAAUGUAUUUGAAGGAUAAUGGUUGUAUCCAUAGAGACUUGAAACCAGCAAAUGUAUUAUUAGACUCAAUUGAAAUGAAAUUUAAGAUUUCUGACUUUGGCUGCAGUGUUAUUGACCCAGCAUUCAUGUUCAUAAAAGAUGAUAAGGAAAACACUUUACAGAAUUGUUUUAAGACAGAAAUAAAAAAAAUUGUAGGGACGCCUGCAUUUAUUGCCCCUGAACUUUGCUCAUAUUAUUCAGAAGAUAACCAAGUAGAUAAGUCAUCCAGUGCAAUUAGCACGAAUGACCUUGAAUUUGACCAUUUUAGCAUAGACAUGUGGUCAUUUGGUGUAACAUUAUACUGUAUUCUAUACAAUGAACUACCGUUUUUUGGAGAUAAUGAAUUUGACACUUAUAAAAGAAUCGCUAAAGUUGAAUUAACGAUAACGCAUCGUGGGGAUUGGAUUGAGGAACUAUUGAUUAAUAAAAUUCUGGUCAAAAGUCCGAGUGACAGAAUCACAAUAGAUUCUCUUUAUAAUAAAUUAAUUGGAGUUAAUUCAAAUGGAAAACUCAACUUAGACAGAGAUACAGAUUUAAAAAAUGUUGACAAUAACAAUUCUUCAAUUUUCAGAAGUAAGAAGGAAACACCCUUGAAGUCACAGAAGAACAAAGUCAAAGGAUUGUUUCAAAAUAUUUUGAAUUUUAAUUCAAUAAAAAGUAAUAAUUCACAGAAUAAAUUUAACGGUAAGGGAACUAUUAUUCCUAAAGAGACUGUCACCUUACCAACCCCGCCACAGAUGUCAUUUGGUUAUGGAUCAGAACCAGGAGAUGAUGAAGACCUCUAUUCAUCAUACUCUAGUCCAAAUAUGAAUAAUUUUCCCAAUAGAAUUUCGAUAGAAAAGCAAUUAGAAGUAUUAUCCAUAUCUUCCUCAGAAGCUUCAUCAUUUGGGUCCACGCUUGAACCACCAGUCCCAAUGGAUAAUUAUGAAAAUGAAAUGAGUAAAAUCGAUGACAAUAUACCGGGACAUUAUCCAGUUGUAAGUUCUGAUAGGAGUACACCUGAAAAGGCAUUAUAUCAGAUAUCAUCCACAUCUAUGGUGGAACUUACACCCACCAAAAAAAUUAUAGACGAAGGUGCAGAUUACUCACCUGGUAUAAGACAAGGUUUAUCUCUUUUCAAUCAGUUUUCUAGAAGUGAGGAGAUGCUUCCAUCAACAAUUAACAGCACACCAAUACAAGUUCAUACACAUCUAGCAAAACACAAACAACAAGCACACAAUGUAUUUCAAAGCAAAAGUAAACUUGCACAUUCAAAAAACGUAAUGAAUUUCAAAGAUAUACUAAGUGGCACGUCUGAGGAGGUUAGAGAUAAUAACAUAAAACAAGCUACUGAUAAAGAGUAUCUUAACAAGUCGGCAUCAAAUAAGAGGAAUACAGUCGACGCCUUCAAAGAAUUCCAGAAUUAUUUCAAGUAUAUGGAAUAA